AUGACUCUUAUCAAGAAACGAAAAUUUGGUAAAAACGAUUACACAAAUAAAAGACAUCAUAUCAAUAACAAUAGAAACGAUAAAAGAAAAUUCAUAAAUAGUCGAAAGCGUCAAAUUUAUAAUUAUAAAAUACAUUCAAAAAAAGAUGAAGGGAACGCAAAAACGGUUAAAAUAAAAAUUACCAAAAAGAAUGUACGAGAUCCUAUCCUAUUCAAGGAUCCUUUUUCAUCAUACACUUCAAGCUACUCAAAUGAUCAAAUUUCAUAUUUGAAAGGUGAAACAAAGUUGAUCUUAAACUCACCUGUCAUUUGUGGGAUUACAGGCGUCUCUUUGGUAGUCGUGGUGGUCUUGAUCCUUAUCAUCAGAAAAACAAAAUUUUGUAAACACCUUUCCUCAUCUUUCGUGAAAAAUACGCCUCAGCAUCGACAUUUGCUCAACGUAGGCAAAGAAUCCACAAAUCAUGACGAUGAUAAGCCCGUUCCAGUUAUUGUGUCCAACUACAAGAGCGAAGAUGAUGAUGAAAUAACAAAAUUACCUCCCGUUGCAAGGUUUUCUUCUUCGAGGCGUCGUAAAAGCCGUCCUUCAAUUCCAAAUUUCAAUUAUAGUCCACAAAAUUCCAUUAGGAUGAGUAAUUGCAGUCGUUAUGAUUUUUUGAAAUCUAAAAUCAAUUAUUUAGAUCAGGAUUUUAAUAAUUAUUUUAGACCUGUCCACAGUUUAUUCGAGAGGGAUUUGAUAGAAGAAAUUGAUGAAACGAUAAAGGAUGAUUUUGUUUUCAAUUCACUACCCGCAGAAGCCGUUAAUUGGGAAGAAUGUAUGAGAUAA